GAUGUGUCGUUCCUCCGCUGCACGUGCUCAGCCCUGUUCUGAGAUUCGGACGGUGCUUUCUGAAAUUCCCUUACGAGCGGAUGCUGACCCUUGUGAACGACAGUGAUCUUCCAGGCUGCUAUGGAGUCCUUCCUCAGGAGCACAAGGAGGAUGCUGCUGUGUGGUACUCCAGCCCUGUGCCGUGUGGGAUUAUCCAGCCUCACAGCUCGGUGGAGAUCCCGUUUACGCUGGAAGCCCAGGCGAUAGGAAGGCAGGACACUGUGGCUAGUGUCUCAGUGUCUGGGAAUGAAAGAUCCCCGCUGAAUGUCUGUUUAGUGAGCGUUGGAGAAGGACCGAUUGUCUACGUGCAUCCGAGUGAGAUAAAUUUCGGCAGUAUUGAAGUUCUACAAGAUGCGUCCAAAACUCUCCACCUCUCCAAUCAGGCUGUCAUCCCUGCUUCCUUCUGUGUAGAGAUGGCUGGCAAACGCUCGUGCUGGAGGAUUGAACACAGUAAAGGAGUGAUCCCCCCUGAGAGUGAGGUGUCUGUGGCCGUCAUAGCGAACUUGGACAAUGCUGAGAAAUUCAAGGAUGAGGUGAAGGUGUUCAUAGAAAACAGCCACACCUACAUCAUCCCCAUCCAGGCUGUCGGCACUGGCACAACAAUUGUCAUCAACAAACCUCUUGCUCCAGAGCUCAGCUGGGGACCCCGCUUCAGGAAUGGCCUUGUUCCCUGCCUGGGCAGGUGCGCCAAGAGGAUUGCGGUUCUCUGAAGGCAGUGUUGGAGGAUGAAGAGCAGCUUCGUUCUCAUACUGUACCUGCAAGAUGUUGGGGACUCUGACCCUAAUGCACCAGAACCAGCACACCGCUUUGGACCAGCCAUGUACAGAAAACCCGCAGAGGUGCUACACUGCCCACAUAGACUGAGUGCAAAUUUGCUCUGCAUGUAACUUUUAACUACUGCAGCUGACAAUUAAUGUGUAAAGGCGUGAUUCCCAUGUUCCAUUUGCAGAAAUAAAAUCGUCAAAAUUAA